GGAAAAUUAAAGAAACGCUGCCGUUUAGACGUCGUUGGAACUCUCUUCAUCAAUUAGAAGUUUAAAACUUUGAGAACGACCGACAAAAUGUACAAGUAGGUGUGUGUCUCCGGCCAUUUCACAGUUUAACAUUUAACAAGUUCUGUUCUGAGCCACCGUGUUCUUGUCUCAGGAAGAAAACGAAAAGAUUAGAGUUUUUUUCGCGCUCAUGGAUUCGCGGAUGAGUAAACUAGUGAUGGGUUUGUUCGUGAUGAUUGCGAUCUUCGAAGCUUCUGGUGUCGACGCGUGGACUGGCGAGAUUCGCGGCAGAGUUGUAUGCGAUGUCUGUGCCGAUUCUUCAAUCGGACCAGAAGAUCAUGUUGUUGAAGGAGCUGAGGUUGCGGUUCUCUGCAUAACCAAAUCUGGAGAAGUUGUGAACUAUCAAGCUUUCACAAACUCAAAAGGUGUCUACACAGUUGCAGAGACAAUGCCAGAGAGCGAACGUUGGGACGCUUGCCUUGCAAGACCCAUCAGCAGCUUCCACACGACUUGCAACCGCCUAAACCAAGUCAAUACCGGAAUCAAAUUCACUUAUAACCGCCCUUCCGGUUACUUUCAUGCCGGAUUUAGAUCGUUCGUGUGGACAGCUGUUUCUUACCAGCUCAAAGACAGGCUUCAGUUAUCACCAUCAGCUUCUCAGUUUGUCUUCUCUGUAGCUUUCUUUCCAUGGAGCAUAAAACCAUUAUACGGGAUCAUCUCAGAUUGUAUCCCAAUCGGAGGGAAAAAGAGGACGCCGUAUUUGGUGAUAUCGACUGUGCUGUCUCUUGUGCCAUGGCUCUUGCUUGGUCUAGAUUCAACCUCGCGAAGUUCCAGUCUCUAUCUGAUGAUUUUCUUGACCGUCCAGAAUCUUGGAUCAGCCAUGGCUGAUGUUGUGGUAGAUGCAAUGAUUGCUGAGGCAGUAAGACUCGAAAAGGCUUCGUUUGCUGGAGAUCUUCAGUCUGUAUCAUGGUUUGCUAUGGCCGUGGGAGGAAUAUGCGGUAGUUUAUUAGGAGGCUAUGCAUUAACCAACUUGAAGAUAGAAACGAUAUUCCUCCUUUUCACGGUGUUACCUGCGUUACAGCUAUUUUCUUGUGCUCUGGUUGAAGAAAUCCCUGCGAGCACUGAACCAUUGCCUGAGCUGCUGGAUUCGGAGGAGUUUGAAGAGAAAAGCAAGAUGAGCAAUGACGACGAUGAUCGAGAUACGGUUAAGUCCAAUAUAAGAAGAAGGAAAGGGAAGAAGAAAGGUGGAAAAGGAACUUCCAGUGGAAAGUCUGAGACACAGAAGAAGCAAUCAAAGUCUUUAGCUUCAAAGCUGUUCCAGUCACUGAAAGCAGCCACUUUUGAAUUAUGCCGUGCCUUCAAGCAACCGAUUAUAUUGAGACCAAUGGCUUGGUUUUUCAUCGCGCAUAUCACUGUGCCAAAUCUCUCUACCGUCAUGUUUUAUUACCAAACCGAGGUCUUGAAUUUGGACGCUUCUUUCCUAGGAACAGCCCGUGUUGUUGGUUGGUUGGGUCUCAUGCUUGGAACCUUCGUCUACAAUCGUUAUCUGACAAAUAUGACUCUACGCAAGUCUCUCUUGUUUGCUCACAUUGGGCUGUCUAUAACAAUACUCCUCGAUAUGGUUCUUGUAUCAAGAACAAAUGUGGGUUACGGAGUAUCAGACAAGACAAUGGUGCUCUUUGGGUCAGCUCUAGGUGAUGCCAUCAAUCAACUCAAAUUCAUGCCGUUCUUGAUCUUGUCUGGUCGUCUAUGUCCUCCUGGGAUUGAAGGAACACUCUUUGCGCUGUUUAUGUCGAUAAACAACCUUGGGAACACAGUUGGGUCAUUCAUGGGAGCAGGAUUGGCUUCAGUUCUGGGAAUCUCAUCAGGGUCCUUUGAGAAUAUGUUUAUGGGCUUAGCCAUUCAAGUGUUUUGCACUUAUAUACCCGUUUUGUUUCUUUUCUUGAUACCCAAGGAAGCUACAGGAGAUCAAUACCGUUUACUGGGAGAAAAUGUUGCGAAGCUACGCACGGAUCUCAUGAAGGAACAACUCGCCACUUUCAAAUCUCAACUUGAAGAAUUCGCUCGUAAACACAAGAACGAUAUUCGUAAAAACCCUGCCUUUAGGGCUCAGUUCCAUGAAAUGUGUGCUAAAGUUGGAGUAGAUCCUCUAGCUUCAAACAAGGGUUUCUGGGCUGAGCUGCUCGGAAUUGGUGACUUCUAUUAUGAGUUGGGAGUUCAGAUAAUUGAAGUUUGUAUGCUAACAAGGUCCCAUAAUGGAGGUUUGAUUAGCUUACAAGAGCUGUGCAAUCAUCUUCGCCAGAGAAGAAAAAAAGACCGUGAAGCUGUGACUGAAGAUGAUUGCCUUCGAGCUAUAAGCAAGCUAAAGGUUUUGGGUAGCGGAUUUGAGGUUAUCACAGUUGGAAAGAAGAAGCUAGUCCGUUCAGUCCCCACUGAGUUAAACAAAGACCAUAACCAAAUCUUAGAGUUGGCUCAGGGUCAAGGCUAUGUGACUGUGGAAGAGGUACAAAGACGACACUCAUGGACAUCUGGUCGAGUUAUAGAUGCCCUCGAAACCUUAUUAGAAGAGGGUCUUGCGAUGAUUGAUGAUGGUCAUAAAGAUGGUACACGCCGGUACUGGUUUCCAUGUGUUUCUUCUGUUUAUGCAUCCAAUGAAGCCUGAUACUUUAAAGUUUAAAUACAAUUCACUCUUUUUUUUUUGUUAAAUUGUCUGUAAUGUUGGCUUGCUAGUAAAUGAUUUGCGUUUAUGUACAUGAAGAAACAACUCACACAAGUCCAUAUCAAAAGUUGGCCCUCUGUUGCUCAACUCCUAUCCAAAUGAAACCCUCAAGCUUUCAAAUAAGUUUUAGAGAGAGGAGUACAAUGCAUUAGAGUCAGAAACAAAGCAGAAGUUUACAGAUUUCAAGAAUGGGAGUGAUCUUGA